AUGAACAAGUUCCCCAGUGGCUACUUUAUUCACUCCGUCUGGGUUAAGACCCUGGUAAAACCUGCCGGUUCUAGGCUAGUCUGGAACACCUGGAACCAGAAGAAGCGCCAUCCUAUCCGAGAAAAAUUACGCACUGCUAAUCUUCGAUUUCUUUAUCCCGCUCUGCUGCCUGAACGGUAA